GAUUUUCUGGGGUAGUUGCAGCUGCACUUUUUGAAUAAGUAUAACUUAAUGGCUGCCUAAUAGUGAGGGAUGUUUGUUGGCAUGGAUCAGAAGCACAAGGUGGCAGAGCAGAAAAGAUUUGUUUCAGAUCAUUAGAGGCCAUUUUUUGUCGCAUUGCUGCAACAUUUUUUUUCCCCAGAAAGGCUGCACAAAACACCACCAUUUCAGAAAGUAAAAGGAAUGACACAAAGGUCAGGUAUAAUCUGAAAACGGGAGAAAAACAGAGAAGAGAGGAAAGGAAAGGAGUAGAGAGAUGGAAGCCUGAACCCCAGUUAGCCCAAAGGCCCCAACUCAGUUAAAAGACUGGGAUGGUCCUCGAUACAACAACACCCACCAAAAUCCCCAUUAAGUCUCCCCAAAGGCUGGCACAUGCUUUAGCAUUUGAUAAUAAGACACACAUGAUGGCAAAAGCUUGACCAUCCUAACUACUGCCAUCCAUAUUUUGUUUCUAGAGGAAUAAAGAAAAUUCACUCAUCAGAAAUGAUAUGGUACACCUAGGUGGACCAAAAGUUUCAAUCUGCCAAAAUCCAGCCAUUUAUUUUCCAUUAGAUGGUAAUCCACCAUCCCUAGUAUGUUUCACUAAACCAACUCUCAACAUUCAGAACUUACCAAAAAAAAAAAGGGAUAGUAGAUAUCCUUCCAUCAUACAUGUCGCAUUUAGAGUUCGAAUUUAAGCCAUAUCUGAGUUCAAAGAUUGGCCCACCCAAGUCCGGUCAAGCCUGCAUAUAAUGAAAGACAAAAGAAUGUAGUAUUAUAGGACUCAAGAUAAGGCAGUUGCAUGCACAAGAAAAUUGGUUGAAGUUGGUAUAUCCUCUCAGACCAUCUCUCUGUUAGUGGUUGUAGAAAAUGACCUGAGGAGUUUGUAGAAGCAAUAGACCAAGAUAGAAUGAUAAAGGCCUGCAUAUAUGUAAGCAAGUCAUACCAAAAGCCUCCUAUCUUCAUGAAGAUUUCAGCCAGUAUCAAGGUUCUCAUGGCAAAGCUUCUGGUUCUGUUGUUGCUGUUGAUUUCUAAUUUAGUAGAAGCAUCUGGUGAGCUCUCUCCGUACUACUAUGAAGAGUCAUGUCCCCUUGCAGAGGAGAUCGUGAGGCAAGUCGUCACAGAAGAAGUUUACAGAAAUCCAAGGAUUGCAGCCUCUCUUCUUCGCCUUCACUUUCAUGAUUGUUUUGUUCUGGGAUGCGAUGCUUCGAUUCUUUUAGAUGAUGCAGGUGAUAUAGUUAGUGAAAAAAAUGCUGUGCCAAACCUGAAUUCUGUGCGAGGUUUCAAUGUGAUCGACCGAGCCAAGGCUGUGUUGGAGGAAGCAUGCCCAUUAACUGUGUCAUGUGCUGACAUUCUUGCCAUUGCAGCUCGAGACUGCGUCCAUUUAAGAGGUGGUCCAAGUUGGGAAGUAUACUUGGGGAGAAAGGACUCUCUGAAAGCAAGCCUUACUGCAGCGAACCAGAUGAUACCUGCCCCAAACUUCACACUUGCUCAGCUAAUUUCCAACUUUAAAGCUCAGGAACUUGACAUAGUAGACUUGGUGACUCUCUCAGGCAGCCAUACCAUUGGAAGGUCAAGGUGCACAAGUUUCAAACAGAGGUUGUAUACCCCACAAAUAUAUCUAGAACUAGACUACCACCGUAGGUAUUCAGUCUUCUUUAGCACACUGAGGUCCAUGUGCCCAGCAUCAGGCAGGGAUAAUGCUUUGGUUCCCCUUGACUUAAAGACUUCGAGGAGGUUCGAUAACCAGUAUUUCUUCAACCUCCUUCGAGGAAAAGGAUUGUUGCAGAGUGACAAUGAGCUUGUUUCUGAAGACCCAGAUGGUGAAGUGCUGAGCCUGGUAUGGGCCUAUGCAUCUAAUCAAGAACUAUUUUUCAAACACUUUGCAAAGUCAAUGAUAAAGAUGGGGAACAUCAACGUACUCACUGGAGAUGAGGGGGAAGUCCGGCAUAACUGUCGAUAUGUGAACAAGUAUUACCAUUGAGCAGGAGAUUAAACAAUAGCAAAUUCCUAUCAGUGGAUGAGUGUUGUUUUGAUGUUUAUAUGUACUACAAAGGUGUUAUUAACCUUGUUGUUGCAAUGGAUUUAGUGGUCUACCCAAAUGAAACAUGUUGAGGCUGGUUCAUGUUAUAUAUGACUAAUGAUUGUAUAUGAAAUAUGGAAAGCUGUGAUUUUUCCAA